AUGACAGACUCAUCUCUCAACGAAGAAGCAAAGAGCCUGCUACAUGCCCUCGCGCUAGCACUUUCAGGCAUGAAAUUCCAAGACGAUGGGAAUGGAAAUCUAGAGUAUGAGCACAAAGAGGUUUCGGCUUUCGUUAAGCCUCUUCUCAGAACAGUUGGCCUUCCAAAUUGGAACUUCACAGUAUGGAUGUGGAACACAUCUUUCAAAUGGGACAAGUUACCCGGCCCCGUCAAUAUUAUACCUAUCUGCAACAUAUCAGAUUCGGCGCGAAGCGAACCCGGAGGUGCUUUUAAGCAUGGUCUGAUGAGACGAAUCGAUGGUGAUGUUACCGUUGAGCCCAGGCUCGCGGCUAUCUUUGCGGUUCCCCCUAUCACCAGCUGA